AUGCUUCCAAAGUUGUUGUUCAUUUGUAUACUAUUUUCAUCCUUCAUUUUCACUACUCAUUCAUAUAAUAACAAAUGCCUUCGCCAUCAGGAAACUUUGUUGCUUCAACUCAAGGAUGAGUUGAUCUUCAAUUCUUCUUAUUCGACAAAACUAGUGCGAUGGAAUGAAAGUGGCGAGUGCUGCAAGUGGCAUGGUGUGGAAUGUGAUGCUUCUGGCUACGUCGUUAGUUUGCAGCUCGAUGGUGAGGCCAUUUCUGGUGGAAUUGGGAAUUUUUCGAGUCUCUUCAGAUUUAAAUUUCUGCAGAAGCUUAACCUUGCCUACAAUUACUUCUUCAAUGAUGCCAUUCCAAAAGGUAUUGGCAAUCUGACCUGUUUGACACAUUUGAAUUUGUCAAAUGCUGGUUUUGGUGGGCAGGUUCCUUCUGAAAUUUUGACCUUGACGAGAUUGGCUAGUCUUGAUAUCUCCAAGGACUUUGGAAAGAUUAUCCUUGAGCACCCAAAUUUAGAGAUGCUUGUCCAAAAUCUAACAGAGCUUAGAGAGCUCAAUCUUGAUUGGGUCUAUAUGAGUUCCUUGGAUGAAAGGAAAAAUUGGGGCCAUAUUAUAUCAUCACAUUUACCCAACUUCACCUCUUUGAGCAUGGUUGGUUGUUUUCUUUAUGCCCCUUCACCUAAAUCCUUUUGGCAACUUCAUUCCCUUUCUAUUCUUCGACUAGAUCGGAACAAUCUUUCAUCAGUAGCAGUUUCGGAUUUCUUCACCAAAUUUGCAUCUCUGAACACAUUGAGUCUUGAAAGCUGUGAAUUGAAGGGUUCGAUUCCAUCCACCUUUGCUAACCUAACCAAGCUGAUUUAUGUCGAUUUGUCUUCUAACUACUUGACAGGCUCACUUCCUUCUACAUUGUUUGAAGGUCUUUCCAAUCUCACUCAUCUAAAUUUGGGGUUCAAUUCAUUCUCCGGUAACAUUCCCCGCUCACUUUUUGCUCUCCCUUCAUUGUUGGAACUUGAUCUUAGUGACAACCAAUUUAAUGGAACUUUUCAACUUGACAACUUUCAAAGCCUUCCCAAUCUAACAACCCUUUAUCUAUCCGGCAAUAGCUUGUCAGUAGAUGUUGGCAACUUCAAUUCGAGUCUAAAAUUAAACGUGUUGUACCUAAAUUCAUGUAACUUGUCCAGUUUUCCUGAUUUCAUCAAACAUUCGGAUCUAGAAGAAUUGGAUCUCUCAAACAAUAGUAUUGCAGGGGAAGUACCUAGUUGGGUUUGGGGAAAACGACUUCGGUAUUUGGACUUGUCGUUCAAUCUUCUGACGAAUCUGCAAAAGCAUUACCAUAUACCUGCUUCUCUUCAAUCUCUAAGCUUGGAAUCUAACCAGCUUAAGGGCGAGUUGCAGAUGUCCAUUCUACUUCAAUCUGAACUCUUGUCCUUGUCUCUUGCUAAUAAUAGUUUUAGUGGAUCAAUUCCAUUCUCCUUCUGCAAUGCUACACAUCUCUAUUCUCUUGACAUGUCUAGAAAUAAAUUAAGUGGCAGCAUACCCCCUUGCCUACUUGAAAACAUUAAUGUCCUUGAUCUGAGUCGAAACAACAUCAGCGGCAACAUAUCCCUUUGCUCACUUGAAAACAUUAAUUUCCUCGAUCUGAGUCAAAACAACAUCAGCGGUAACAUUCCAGAUACUUCUUCAAUGGUUUGUGGGCUAUAUUAUUUGAAUCUUAACAAUAAUACUUUGGAAGGGAAGAUCCCAAGGUCCCUUGAACACUGCAAGCGGUUAUUGUACAUGAAUGUUGGGAACAACAUGAUCAAUGACACUUUCCCAUGCAUGCUAACAGAUCAAUGGUUGCGUGUUCUUGUUUUGCACACCAACAGAUUCCAUGGGGAUUUAAGAUGUCAUGGAAAUUGGCCAAAUCUUAAAAUUCUAGAUGUAUCAUCGAAUCAUUUUAGUGGAAAUCUUGAAUCAAUCAACUUCUCUAGUUGGACGUCUAUGCUGCUACCGAGUGGUGGAGAUUUCGGAGGCACUUUUGGCCGAAAGCUUGACGUGGCAUUAAUCAUUAAAGGGCGAAUGAUGGAGUUUCAGAAGAUUUGGUCAGACUUUAGUACCAUUGAUUUGUCUUCCAAUAGUUUCUACGGAAAUAUACCAAAUGCAAUUGGUGAUCUUCUCUUACUCCAUCAUCUCAACCUCUCCCACAAUGCCCUCAAUGGAAGCAUCCCAAAAUCAUUUGGUAGGUUGAGUAAUCUCGAAUCACUUGACCUCUCUGUAAACCAAUUAGCAGGGCCGAUCCCAGAGGAGCUUGGAAGGCUCACAUUCCUUUCAGUCUUGAAUCUCUCCAACAAUAAUUUUGUGGGAGCAAUCCCAAAAGGGCGCCAAAUUCAAACAUUCACAGCUGAUUCAUUUGAAGGGAAUUUGGGGCUGUGUGGUUCCCCUCUCGACAUAAGCUGCAGUAAUACUAGUGUACGGUACAAUGAAAAUGGGGAAGAGAAGAGGGAGAUAGAGUGGGAAUACGUGUGUGCUGCAGUUGGAUAUGUUGUGGGAGUAGGAAGCAUCGUGUGGCUGCUUUUAUUCUGUCGAAGCUUCAGAAAGAAAUACUUCGGCAAAAUAGAAGAGGUUGUUGAAGGCAUGUUCAUUGCCAGAGACAUGAGAAGAAGACGUGCAAGAAGAGCAGCAGCAGCAAGGAAUCGAGUCAGGAGAUAG